AUGCAACAAAACGGUGACAUUUAUCAGAAUAAUAGCGAUAGUGCCAAAAAUAAAAACAAACACAAAGAAAAAAUACUGGAUGGACCAAUAAGCAACAAUAACAAAACAGUACUAGUAGAAACAACUAUUUCCAUCGCCUCUGGUAAUCUAUCACCAUCCUCAUCUUCUGCCACCACAGCUCUCUCUAAAUUCCUAGAAGAAAAUAACGAUCGGAAUGAGAGCAACAAAAACAUUAAAUUAUCAACGCCAAAAAUUAAUCUUUCGUGUAAAAGUCCUGUACAAGAACAAAUGACAAAUAGUGAUGAGCGGGGGGACAGAAGAAUAACCUAUACUAACGAAAACAAUGGCAACAAUGUCCGAGAGGACCAACAAGAAAACGAUCAAUAUGUGGAUGUUGAAAGAGCCGAUAAAGAAUUUCGUACCCAAGUUUAUUUCGUCCAUACCGUAAUUUGUAUACUGUGUUUUCUGAUUGGAAGAUAUGGCUUCUCUGUUGUCUUGAUCUGGAUUUUUAUCUCGCAAUUCAAUUCUUGGUAUAAUAGCCGUACACGAGACACUAAACAACGUGUUGCUUGGUACAUUCAACGAGAACUUGGUAAUGAAAAGCUACGACGCGGUGAUGGUGAAACUGUUGAAUGGCUGAAUUACAUAGUUCAACAAAUAUGGAUUACCUUUAAUCCGGAAUUACUAGUCUCAAUUACUGAUAUGCUGGAAGACGCGAUGAAUCGUAGUGCACCGUACUUUGUGGCGGCUGCAGUUGUCGAAAACUUAGAACUUGGAAUAGUAGCUCCUCGCAUUGACAAUAUAACAAUACUUGGUCAACGCGAGGAUGAAGGCGGAAACGAGAUUCUGAUCGGAGAGGCUAGUUUCUCGUUCUUGUCCUCUGCAAACAACGCGUCUGCCGUUAAAGUUUCUCCGCCACAUAUAAUCGCGUCGAUCAAAACAGGGCUUAAAGCCUACAUUCCGAUAAAACUUGAGAUUAUUGGAUUUUCAGGAACAAUUCGUUUCGAAAUUCAAGCUAUAGGCUCUCCUCCAUUCGUUUCACGUGGCAAGUUCAGCUUUGUUAAAACACCCACUUACGAAACGAGUAUUGUUAGCUUGCUCCCGAUUCUUAAGGAUUUUCUCAAGUCUAGUGUUAAUACUACUUUACAAACACUCACUUAUCCAAAUGCUACAGAGGUCGAUUUGGCUGAGUUACUUAGUGGCGACGAUUUUAAACAUGACACCACAUCUAUCGGAAUUGUCAAAAUUGAUAUUUACGAAGCUAAAAAUCUGGCAAAGGAGGAUUUAACAGGCAACAACGAUCCAUACGUCGUUACUUCUCUCGACCCAUCUCCAUAUAUACACUCUGAAAUAACCACACGAAUAAUCGAAAAUGAUGCACACCCAAUAUGGCAUGAACAACAUUUCCACAAAAUACCUGAACUCGAUGUGCUCUCCGAACAUGUAAAGUUAAAACUGGGUGUUUGGGACUGGGAUCGAUUUAGUCCCGAUGAUCAUAUUGGAUCUGCCUGGUUUGAUUUGAUUAAUGCGAUUGGAGAUGGGAAGGAGGAAAUGCUUAUAUUUGAUGGUUGGACAGAUUUAUAUUUGACCCAUGAGCAAAGAACUAAACGUGGAUCUCUUCGUUGUCGAAUUCUUUAUACACCAAAACUUCCAAAAGAUGUCGUGCCCGAACAUGAUCAGACUUCGCGACACUUUUACGUGACACUUGAGUUAAAUAUUUCGCACACCCAUUCCCAUACGACCGAAUAUUCAUCUACGAAGCCUCCCUCGUGGUCCGACGUUGUCUUAUUCCCAAUCUUUGAACGGUACAAGAGAUGCUUGAGUUUCAAAAUUAAGAGACACAAUUUUCUUGGCGUCGCUAAAACUGUUGGGAUUGCUGAAAUAUGGUUACGUGAUCUCCUGGAUCUCGAGGAAGAAACCAUAAGCCUCCCUAUCUACGAGAAAAGCUUGACUGCACAUCAAAGACUAAUAGCCCAACAGGAGAGCUUAAGUGACUCAAACCAACAAAGAUCACCAAAAAUCAAGGGAUACUUGCAAUUCAACAUAAAAUUCCUACCAGGUCUUUCGCCCCUACACGAAAAAAUGCUCCGACGCACUCUAACAGGCGCGAAUGCCAGAGUACUCGAGCAUAGUCCCGCGCACGAUAUUGAUCUUAAUCAAGAAAUCAGGAAUUCUAAUUGUAGGUACGAUCCGGACCUCGUACCUGAACGUCGUCACAUCCAUGAAACUGAAGUUCCCGAGGACCGGCGAAUCAACCAGUUUUAUCAAAGCCAAACUAUACGUAGAAUUCAAUGGUUUAAUGAUCUUAUUCGUGUACGGUUGUCGCAUUUUAUUGGGCGUCACGAGUGGAGCGAAGAUUUACAAGUUGUUGAAAGAGAAGCUUGA